UUAAAAAUCCACCAGGCCUGGCAAAAAUGGCUGUCUAGCACCAUAGUUGUGGUUGGAACUUGAGUCCUUUACUUAUCCGUAACGCCAGUGGUGGAAGAUCUACCGCCAUAGACAAUGGCAUCACUGGCUUCGUCUUCGUCAUCCAUUAAUUUUCUUGUGCAUGUGCCCGCCUCAGCUUUUAAUGGCAUUGGCACAAAACGUAGAAGUAGAGGAAAGACGAGUUCUAUCAGAGUUACUCAUUCAAGUCUCGCUGACGCCUCGGCUCUCCUCCAAGCAGCCCAUUACACUGUGGAUACGUACAUAAAAACUGGCAUGGUUAUUGGCUUGGGGUCUGGUUAUGCUUCUGGUAUGGCCAUACAAUAUCUGGGUCGCCAACUUCGUGCUGGCGUUCUAAAAGAUAUAGUAGGUGUACCCACGUCCGUUGCAAGUGCAAGUGAAGCAGCGAAGGCAGGAAUUCCAAUGGAUAAGUAUCAAGAUUGUCUUCAAAUUGAUUUUGCAUUUGAUGAUGCUGAUAUUAUAGAAGAAGGAACACUCAGUGCUAUCAUUGGACGCCAAAGACCAAAAGAUGAGGAGUCAGUACUCCUUCAACAGAAGUCCAUACUAAAUGCAGCCAAAAAGCUUGCAUUCAUGAUCACAGAGAGUCAGUACAAAGGUGAUCUGGAUGGGUCCAUUCCAGUUUUGAUUCAAUCUCUCAACUGGAUGCAAACUGCUGAAGAGAUUGAUGACCUAUUUUUAGGUGAUGCAGAGGUAUGGAGGAGGUCAUCCAUAGGGCAAGCAAGUCCACUAGGGGGUGAUUUCCCUUUAGUCACUAGAGAAGGCCAUAAUGUUCUUGAUGUUAUAUUUACAUCUCCAAUUCUAAGCCUUGCGGAAGUAGCUGAAAGCCUUGAUAAAGUCAAUGGGGUCGUGAACCAUGGAGUCAUAUGCAAGUUCCCAUGCGCAGCAGUGAUUACUUCAUCAGAUGGACUGUGCAUUGUUAAUAAUAUGCCAAAGAAUGCGGUGGAGGGAUCCAAGACAGGAACUAAAACUGGAAUUCUCAAACACAGUCAUAUUGAUCCAAGCAAGCCUCGCAUAUGCAAGCUCUUUCACACUAUUAGAUCAACAGACAAACUUUUUGAUAAGUGAUCAUCUAACAAAGUUUGGGUGCAUCAUUUACCAUUAUUCUCAUGUCAACAUGUUAAUGCGACUUUAUGAGUUCUGCAUCAAUGAUUUCCAUUUCAUAUCAGCUUGUCGUAAAAAGCUUGAUGCAAGAAACAAAAGGGAAAAAAAGAGAGCAUGGUUUUUAUUGCAA